GGGUUGCCUUCCGAGAAUCUGAAUGUCUGCUGUAAGAGAGAGAGAGAGAGAGAGAGAGAGAGAGAUCGUUCAGAACGAUCCCUCGAAAGAAAGACGAAGAACAAGAAGGAUCGAAAGAAAGAAGAACAAGAAGGAGAACGAUCCCUCGGAAGAAAGGAGGAGGAGGAAGAUGGUGAAGGCGUACACACACGAGCAUGUAUACAAGCACCCAUGGGAGCGGGUUACGUCUGCAUUCUGGCGCAAAUUCACCGAGCCGGAGAACAAGGCCGUGCUUUCCCACAUCAUCGAGGUCGACACCCUCUGCCGCACCCUCGAUCCUUCCUCUGGCGUCCUCUUCACUACCCGCGCCAUUACCGUCCACGCCCCCGGCCCCCGCUUCCUCUCCCGCCUCAUUGGCCAGGACUUCUGCCACUGCGUCGAGACCUCUCACGUCGACCCCUCCGCCCGCUCCAUGGUCUCCACCACCCGCAACCUCUCCCUCCGCAAGUUCCUCGAGGUGGAGGAGAAGAGCUCUUAUCACCCCCAUCCGGCCAACCCCGAUUGGACCGUGGUCCGUCAGACCACAAGCAUCCGCUGUUCCCCUGUCUCGGCUGUCGCCGCUAUGGCCGAGAAGAUCGAGCAGCGGUGCGCCGAGCGUUUCCAGCAAAACAGCGCCAAAGGCAGGGAUGUCAUGGAACGGAUCUGUAAGUUUCUCGAGGCUGAAUCGUCCAAAGGAAUAUCUCUUUAGGGUCUCCCUUUCGAAGUUAGGGCUUCUCUCCCCCUCUCUCUCUCUCUCGCCCCGGUAGGUUUAUGUUCCCUUAGGAAAUGGAAAUAAGGGAGUUGAUUAUUGGUUUCUGGCCUCAUUCUGGUGUUGGGGUUCUGCAAAUUGAGGUUUCAGAGAGAGGUUUUUAGUGUUUCCUGGGGUUCAUCGUUCUUAUUUAUUAUGAAAAAAUGGGUCAUGGUUUUGGUUAUUUUGGCCAAAUUUGUGUGUUCUGGGGAUGAUCACUCUCUGGAAGGAGAUGGAGUCUUCUGGAUCACACGUAUUGAAUAAUUUGGGAAUUCGAGUCUUGCAAUUUCAGGACUGAAAUUUUUGCUUCAAAAAGAAAUGGACCCUCUUCGGUGUUGGGUUGCUAAUUUUGGAAAUAAUUUCCCUUGCUCUCUUUUGCGUACAUGUGAACGUUCAUCUCCAUCUUGAAGAGGUGCCUUAAUCACAAGGUGUGUAUGUGGUUAGUUCAUAAUGAGUUUCUUCCCCUAAAUUUGGUUGGGGAUAGGGGAGGGUUGUUGUGGAGGGGGGGAGGGGUGUGGGGGGGAGUGAGAGAGAGUUUUGCUUCUCUGUUACUUGGUACAAAAUGGUUUGCCUCUGCCAGUUCACAAGAUAUCAUUCUUUAUGUAAGAGUUGGGAGGAGCAGUUGAAUUAGCUGGUUUCUGGGUGGGGAUUUUGCUUUUCUGAUACUUGGUUCCUAAUGAUUUGUCUCUACUGAAUCGUUAAUGCUUGAAGUUGAAGCCGAAGGACAAGAAGUCAUAUUCUCCUUGCAUGGGCCUCUCUUGCAGUUGGUGUUAAAUUUUUAAGUUGCAAAAUUUCUCGAGCCCAGCAUCUAGUCAAUAGUUUAGUGAUGCGGCUUUGUCAUGCUGUUGUUUCCAUGCCCUUAAACGAAAAGCUCGCUGUAGAUUUGGAGGUCACCACUGUUAUUUGAAGCGACGAGCAAUGUCAAUGGGGUGCUAAGCCCUGACUUUUUCAUUGAAAGUGAUCAAAGUGCAUAUUCAGUUUUUUCUGUA